CCAUGGCAGAAGCUUUAGCGGCUCUCGCCAGUGGGAUGGCUGUCACGCAGCUGGUCUCUCAGGUCGGCAGCGGCAUCGGCAAGCUGAGGUCUCUACUGCAACAAAUCAGAAAUGUCCCGCCCAUGAUGGCAUCCCUUGUUCAGCAGCUCGAUCUUUUGGUGCUGCUUCUUCAGGAGGCGGAAACUAUCCAAUCGACGGUUUCGCUCAGCGGCUUGAGCGAUGCGACCCUCAAAUUAUGCAUCCAGCAUUGUCGACAGUCAAGCCAAGCAAUUGGAGACAUGGUGACAACGUUGAACCACGAGAUCAAUUGCACCAAACGCAGAAGGCUUUCAGCGUCGUUAAAAGUAAUACUGACCAAGGACACGCUCGCCAGACUUGAAAAGGACUUGGCCGGAGCCAUCCGGCUCCUGAUGCUUGCCCAGCAACUCUACAUGACCGCUGUAUUUCGACACAAUCACGAGUACUUGAUAGAGCUUCUUACUCGGGCGGUUCCGCACAGGCAGCCGGAUUGCCAAGAUAGUCCAUGCCAGCACGCAACCGCCGACAAACAAGUCGACAGCGACGAUGCCCAAAGCCAGACUCGUACUACCUACGUACAACAGAAUUCCACAGCAGCCGAGAAGUGGCGGGGUCCGCCUAGCAGUUGGAGGUCUCAGUUUUUAGGCUUUACGGUCAGACUUCAGAGGGCUGGUGAUGAUUUCUGUGCACGAUUCUAUUGUCCACGGUGGGUUGCAAGCUUCGCGUGGGAGUUGCAGGUCGCAAAGGCUUCUUCGGGCUGGCGGAUGUACGUCGCGUCCUACCCCAUCAGGGCAAGGGAUUCAGAGCCCUUUGUAUACGUCAGGAACGGCGACUUGGACCGCCUGUUAGAAUGUUUUGGGAGACGAGCGGCGUCUCCGUUCGACCAAGAUAUGAAUGGUUGGUCUCUUGUGCAUCAUGCUGCUUUGGGACAGCACAUUGACAUCUGUAAGAGCCUUUUGCUCAUGGGCGCCGACGUCAACCACAGGGCGGGCCAUAAGAUGACUGUCCUAAGAUGCUUCGACUCCGCCACCCCGGAUACGCCCCCAAGUCAAGCUAUCAUGGACUUCAAAAUGUAUCUGCUAUCUCGGGGAGCCGAGUACGAAUGCUAUGAAGGCGAACCUCCAGACCAGCAGCUGACCGCUCCUUACCAAGGCACAACGGAAUCCUUCUUGCUGCUACAAUCCCAUCUCUUCCCUCAUUAUUACUGUGACUUAAUACAGGUUAGACUGCGCUGCGCCUUGCAGAUCGCCCUCAAUCCCUGGCGCGGUGCAGCCGAGUUUAGAGUCUCAUUGCGGAAAGAUGGCGAGAUCUGCGGGAAAGACGUGGCGAGGUCGGUGGAAUGCGAGCUACCCGUACUUAACCUAGCACUGCUAGGUCUGAGCAUCCGUCUCCAGAGCGCCACCACCGUGGCCGACGUCCCUGAGUGGCAGAGCCUGGUGCGCAUUGCAUUGUCUCAUUCUCAGAUCGCUUCGGAUUUCGUACCACUCCCCGUGCUGGAUACAUCGUAUAUCAAAUCAACUUGUACAGGACAGGUGGAGAAGGCCACGCCUCUCUUUUGCGUCAUCAUUGGCAAUUCGAGAGGCGCCGAGGAUAUUGGGGACUGCUGGGAAGGAUCGGUGGAUUGUGCGAUACAGCUGUGGGCCGAGACUGCGCGAGCAGCAGGCUUGGAUCUGGAUCACUAUGGCAGUGCGGAGAAAAACGACUUCGACAACAACACCAGGCACAAUUGGUUCCACCUGGGAAGAAAGGCAUGGACGAAAGGCAUCGCUCGGGUAGAGCGUCUUUGCCUUGACACGCCAGUCGAACCGUGGCGUCUGUCGUGGGAUCCUUGUAUGGGUGACGUCUGGAGUCAAGACAAUAACUUCGUAACCAAAGAAUGUGAUGGUGUGCCUGGCGCCUGGGUGGAGGACAGCUUAUCGGAACGCAAAUUACCUUUGGACGAUUCCUUCCUCGCUAUCGAUAUCGAGGACGAUCCGGUCAAAGCUAAGUUGGGCGCGUGGAAUGGGUCGAGUCCCCAGCAGGGCGAGCGUUACUACCGCGGCUUCUGCUGCGCAUCGUGCCCGGCUGCCUGGCCCGAUGUUAUGAGCAUCUCCGGACUGUUGACGGCAGGCUGCUUCUGA